CAUGGGACGAGGAAGACGGCAAGACCCUAGAUGGGAUACUCUACGGAUAUAAUAGGCUGACAUUUAGUUAAACAUGGGAUGUGUUCCUACAUUUGCCGUUUUGUUCAGCUGUCUCCUCUUCCCUACUACCGCUGUAACCCACAGCCUGCAGUACUUCUACACAGCUACAUCAGGAAUUACAAACUUUCCAGAGUUUGUAAGUGUUGGGAACUUGGAUGGUGUGGAAAUUAGUUACUAUGACAGCAAAAUGAAGGAACAUGUUCCCAGGCAGACAUGGAUGAAAGAACUGGGUCAGCAGUACUGGGAUUCAGAGACGCAGCUGUCUCGGAUGUAUGAUCAUAUCUUCAGGGAGAACUUCAACAUUUUAGGGAAUCGCUUUAAUCAGACUGAAGGAGUGCAUGUUUUUCAGAAGAGUUAUGGCUGUCAGUGGGAUGAUAAAACUGGAGCCACUGAUGGUCAUGAAAGUUUUGGUUAUGAUGGAGAGGACUUCCUCACACUAGACCUGGAGAACACAAGAUGGAUUUGGCAUGUCAUGCAGGCAGUCCCAACCAAACAUGAGUGGGACAAGUCAAAAGGUUCUUUUGAGUACAGGAAGAACUAUUUCCUCAGGGAGUGUGUUGAUUGGUUGAAGAAAUAUCUUGAAUAUGGGAGCAGCACUCUGGAGAGGACAGUCCCCCCAGAGGUCUCUCUGUUCCAGAAGGACUCCUCAGCGGUGUGCCAUGCUACAGGUUUCUACCCUGAGGCAGUGAUGAUCACCUGGAAGAGAGAUGGAGAGGAGAUGCAGGAGGACGUGGAUGUGGGGGAUACGCUGCCCAAUCCUGAUGGAACCUUCCAGAAGAGAGUUGUGCUCACCAUGUCACCUGAGGAGAGGAGGAAGAGCCAGUACACCUGUGAGGUGGCACACAUCAGUAGAGAGCCCAUCGUCAUGACCCUGCCUGAGGAGGAGGGCAAUACCCUUGCCAUCCUUAUUGGCUGUGUUGCUGUUGCUCUUCUUGUGAUUGGUGCGAUUGGUGUGAUUUUUGUGAUCAUGAAGAAGAAAGGCUACAAGAAGACAGAGCAGUCUGAUUCACACUCGGAUAACUCCAGUCUGAGGAUACUACGCUGAAGUGUCAGCAACUUUCAGCAAUAACUACUGUGUACUCACUGUGGACAGCAGAAAGCAGACACACACACUCCAGCACACUUCCCCUGCCCCUAAGCCUAACCAUAACUCCAGAGAGCCUGCACAUGCACACACACACUCCUGCACACUUCCCCUACCCCUAUGCCUAACCAUAACCCCAGACAGCCUGCACACACACUCCAGCAUAUUUCCCCUAACCCCAAGCCUAACCAUAACCCCAGAGAGCCUGCACACACACUCCAGCACACUUCCCCUACCCCUAAGCCUAACCAUAACCCCAGACAGCCAGCAGACACACUCCAGCACACUUCCCCUACCUCUAAGCCUAACCAUAACCCCACACAGCCUGCACACAUACUCCAGCACAUUUCCCCUACCCCUAAGCCUAACCAUAACCCCACACAGCCUGCACACACAAUCGGCGGGAGUAACUAUGACUCUCUUAGUGUAGCCAAAUGCCUCGUCAGCACAUUUCCCCUACCCCUAAGCCUAACCAUAACCCCAGACAGCCUGCACACGCACACACACACACACACUCCCGCACACUUCCCCUACCCCUAAGCCUAACCAUAACCCCAGAGAGCCUGCACACACACUCCAGCACAUUUCCCCUACCCCUAAGCCUAACCAUAACCCCAGACAGCCUGCAAACGCACACACACACUCCCGCACACUUCCCCUACCCCUAUGCCUAACCAUAACCCCAGAGAGCCUGCACACACACUCCAGCACAUUUCCCCUACCCCUAAGCCUAACCAUAACCCCACACAGCCUGCACACACACUCCAGCACAUUUCCCCUACCCCUAAGCCUAACCAUAACCCCACACAGCCUGCACACACACUCCAGCAUAUUUCCCCUAACCCCAAGCCUAACCAUAACCCCACACAGCCUGCACACACACUCCCGCACACUUCCCCUACCCCUAAGCCUAACCAUAACCCCACACAGCCUGCACACACACUCCCGCACACUUCCCCUACCCCUAAGCCUAACCAUAACCCCAGGCGGCCUGCACAGCCAGGGGACAGCCAAAAUUUCAGCAUUUAUUAUGAACUGUGUACUGUAUGUAUGUAUGAAUGUACUGAUUUGUACUAGCCCUGAGACCUUGAGUCCUGAGGCCUCCUGGGGCCUGCACUUUGUCUCAAUAUUUUUUUUUGGAUUGCAUUGGCAUUGGCCAAAUUUUCAGCAUUAUUGUAUUGUAUUGUGUACUGUAUGAAUGUAUGAGCCCUUGAGCCUUGAGCCCUGACUGGGAUAUUUUUUUGUAUGAAUGUAUGUUGAGCCCUUGAGCCUGAGCCUGGGAUAUUUUUUUGUAUGAAUGUAUGUUGAGCCCUUGAGCCUGAGCCUGGGAUAUUUUUUUGUAUGUAUGUUCAUGAUUUAUUACGAUAUACUAUAAACUAUAAACUAUUGUAUGAAUGUAUGUUGAGCCCUUGAGCCUGAGCCUGGGAUAUUUUUUUGUAUGUAUGUUCAUGAUUUAUUACGAUAUCCCUUGAGCCCUGACUGGGAUAUUUUUUUGUAUGUAUGUUCAUGAUUUAUAUAUAUAAUAUAUAUAACGAUAUACUAUAACGAUAUACUAUAAACUAUAAACAAUAAACUAAACUAUACACACAG